AUGAAAUCCAGUCCAGAAUUUCAGGCUUACGUGAAACAUACAGCAGAGUUAAAGAGAGUUCAACUGGAUAGCACGCCUAGACCAGAGAAACUGUCAUUCUUUAUUAAUGUGUAUAAUGCACUGGUUAUACAUGCGAAUGUGGUGAAUGGCCCUCCUGUUAGUCUCUGGCAGAGAUACAAGGUACGAUUCAAGGGAAAACGGUUUAGAAAUGAUAAGGGACCGGUCAUAAAGUAAUUACUAGAGGGAGGUGGAGGAUAAAUGAAAUUUCAAGUACAUAUUUCCAUACCCUCCCAAAAACUUAUGGAAAAAUGUUCGUAACCCUCUUCAAUGUAAGUGAAAAUUUUCAUACCCCACCCCCUUUCAAUCAUUAACAGGUUCUAAUGGUGUGAACUUGCUAUAGCAUUGUAUCAGAUUUGUACUCCAAAAGUUCCAAGGAUACUGAAUCCUAUACUUAUCAUCUGACAUUGAGUCAGACUGAAACAUAUAUACUUUUUGUUUAUUUAAUAAUAAUAAUAAUAAUAAUAAUAGUAAAACAAUUCUUUCCAAACUUAAAUCUGGGCACAAAUACAUUCAAUAUUCAACAAUAAUUAUAAUAUGUAAUUUUUUACCGUACCUUAAUAGUUACUAAGAUUUUGGUACCCCCUAGAGGUUCUGUUGUUUUUUCGUACCCCCCUCAGAGGUUCUGGGUUUUUUUCGUACCCCCAAAGAAUAUUCUCCACAUCCCCUAGUAAAUACUUUAUGACCGGUCCCUAAGAGGCAAUUUAUUUCAAUGUUGCGUAUUAUUUUGCGAUGAAAAGUGUUCAAACCAACACACACAAACAGUAUCAGAAGAACACCACAAACAUCAUAUUCACCUGAGUACACAACACCAACACAUAACAAAAUCAUAUUACUAGAUUGCAUUGACAUCGAAGGGACUAGACUCAGUUCCGAAAGAUCACAUACUCGAACCGACCUGACCGCGUUGCUCAGUUGGCAGAGCAUUGGGCUAGUAUUCCAAAGGUCGUAGGUUCGAUUCCCACCGUGGCCAGGCAUAUUUUUCAAGCUUGCCCGGUGUGGAUAUACACUCAGAGUAACAUCACAAGCAUAAAAAAGUAUCAUAUCUUGAAUAGAUUGAUGUCGAAGGAACUAGAUUCAGUUCCAAAAUAUCACCGACUUCACCUCGUAGCCCAGUUGGUAGAGCAUUGGACCAGUAUCCCAAAGGUCGCGGGUUCAAUUCCCACCGUAACAUCACAAACAUCAUAUUCACCUGAGUACAUAACACCAUGGAUAAUAACUGAUGGCGUGGUUGAGGCAUCCUUUCACUGGGCUGAUGGCGUGGUUGGAUGCCUCAACCUAGUCUGUGACCUAGUUGAAAACCAAAUUCUCAAAAACGGCAUGUUUAGCAAUAAUACAGCUAAACAUUUUAGUCAAAGAGCAAAUAAAUAUAACCACGCCAUUCUACGAUGAAAACUCUAAGUAUUCCCAGUCAAUUUUAGCAAAUAUUUCAAGCACUAAACAGUGAAAAAUAUAUCGCAAAUUUCGUUAAAAUUUGUGACGCCAAUUUCGUAGCUACAAAUAUAAAAAAAAUACAAAACAAAGACGAAAAACAUUUACCUUGAAUACUUUGUCGUGGCUUAGGCAUGUUUUUAAAACAAUUAGACCAGUUUAUGCUUCAAUAUUACUCUUUUAAAGUGGAAAAUAUAGCAAAACAACAAAAAUGCCGAGAACUUUGGUAAUAUUCGCAAUAUGCGUGACGUCACGUUUUUCAACAAGGAUGAGGUCAAUGACGUCAGAAGUUUCCUAUCCAGUUAUUUUACAAUCCAUGAUAAUACCAAUACACACAAAAAGUACCAAAAAUAUUUUUGGCGUUCCUCUUAAAAUUGCUUUGUUUUACCUUUAUUUUGUAGUUUAAACGGUUAGCAACCUUUUUAAAUGUAUCUGGCGGUUGAGAAACACAAACUAAUAGUUAAAUACCUAAUAACUUUACCCCGUGACUUUACCAUCUGUAUUUUUUUAGUUUUUCAACGUUGUCAGUUAUAUUAUUGGUGGCCAUAUGUACUCACUACAUGACAUCGAAAGUGGCAUUCUACGUGCUAACCGCAGAGCAGUUGCAUCGUUUUUCCGUCCCUUUUCAAAAACCGAUCCACGCCUGGCAAUAGCGCUUCCCGAACCUGAGCCCAUGAUACAUUUUGCCUUGGUCUGCGGUGCCAAAAGCUGCCCACCUAUCAAAACGUACACACCUCAG